GCGCGCUGCCGUAGAGAGACAUCAGAAGAGAGAGAGAGAGAGAGAGAGAAACGGCGCGUAGCUCGUUCAGUAGUGCUCGAGCUACUAGCAAGUCCGGAGAGUCGCGAAGAUGACCGUGAAAAGUAAGGCCGAUGAGGCACCCAAGUGCUACCUCAUACUCGAGGAUGGCAGCGUCUUUCCGGGCACGAGCUUCGGCGCUCACAAGGAAGUCGACGGAGAGAUCGUUUUUCAAACAGGGAUGGUCGGAUAUCCCGAAUCGCUGACCGACCCGUCCUACUGCGAGCAGAUCCUGGUGCUGACGUAUCCCCUGAUCGGCAAUUACGGCGUACCGAGCCACGAGAAGGAUGAGAACGACUUGCCAAGAUGGUUCGAGUCCCACAAGAUAUGGGCAGCCGGUCUCGUGGUCAGCGAGCACUGCGACACACCGAGUCACUGGCGUCAGACCAAGUCGCUGUCGGACUGGAUGCGCGACGAGGGUAUCCCCGGAAUCCAAAAAGUCGACACCCGUGCCCUCACUAAGAUCAUCCGAGAAAAGGGCACUAUCCUCGGUAGAAUCGUCCACUCGCUACCAGCGGACCUCAAGACCCUACCGGCUGUCGUCGAUCCCAACAGUCACAACCUCGUCGCCAAAGUUUCACGCACAUCGAAAGCAACGUUCAACCCUAAAGGUUCGCCGCGCAUCUGCGUCGUGGAUUGUGGUCUCAAGUACAACCAGUUGAGAUGCCUAACUGCUCGUGGUGCUCGAGUCGACGUCGUUCCCUGGAACCACAAGAUCCAGGAAGAGCAGUUCGAUGGUCUGUUCCUCAGCAACGGACCCGGUGACCCUAGUAUGUGCAAAGAGACCCUUGACAAUCUCAAGAAGAUCCUCGCCUCGGCCAACAAGAAACCUAUAUUCGGCAUCUGUUUGGGGCAUCAGCUGUUGUCACUAGCAGCUGGAUGCAAAAGUUACAAAAUGAGAUACGGUAAUCGCGGUCACAACCAGCCAGCCGUGCACCAAGGCACCGACCGGUGCUACAUGACCUCUCAAAACCACGGUUUCGCCAUCGAUGCUACCAGUCUGCCCAAGGACUGGGAAGUCCUCUUCACCAAUGCCAACGACCAAAGUAACGAGGGUAUCGUUCACUCAAAUCUGCCGUAUUUCUCAGUACAGUUUCACCCAGAGCACACAGCUGGUCCCCAGGACCUCGAAUGCCUCUUCGACGUCUUCCUGGACAGCGUCCGUGACUCGAUGACCGCCAAGUCCGGCAACAGCGUCAAGCAGCGCUUGCAUCAGAAGCUCGAGUAUCAGCCGGAGAAGCCGGUGUCGUUGGAUUAUCCCAGGAAGGUUUUGAUUCUUGGCUCCGGAGGCCUGAGUAUAGGACAAGCUGGAGAGUUUGAUUACUCAGGCUCGCAGGCUAUCAAGGCUCUGAAGGAGGAAAACAUCCAGACGGUUCUAAUCAAUCCGAACAUCGCCACUGUCCAGACGUCCAAGGGAAUGGCGGACAAGGUUUACUUCUUGCCGAUUUUGCCCGACUACGUCGAACAGGUUAUUCAAUCUGAGCGACCGGACGGUGUACUUCUUACUUUCGGUGGUCAGACGGCCUUGAAUUGCGGUGUCCAGCUGCAAAGUCGUGGAAUCUUCGAGAAGUACGGGGUCAAGAUUUUAGGUACCCCGAUUGAGUCGAUAAUUGAAACCGAAGACCGGAAGUUGUUCGCCGAUCGAGUGAAUGAAAUCGACGAGAAAGUAGCCCCCAGUUGUGCUGUAUACUCCAUACAAGAAGCCCUCGAAGCUGCUGAGAAGCUGGGCUAUCCAGUCAUGGCGAGAGCAGCCUUUUCGCUUGGUGGUUUGGGCUCUGGAUUUGCCAAUACCCCAGAGGAGUUGAAAGCUUUGGCUCAGCAAGCGCUCGCUCACUCUUCACAGUUGAUCAUUGAUAAGUCGUUGCAAGGAUGGAAAGAGAUCGAAUACGAAGUGGUUCGAGAUGCUUACGACAACUGCAUCACCGUCUGUAACAUGGAGAACGUCGAUCCACUUGGUAUCCACACGGGUGAAUCUAUCGUAGUAGCUCCAAGCCAGACUCUUUCAAACCGAGAGUACAACAUGCUCAGGACGACAGCAAUUAAGGUGAUCCGGCAUCUUGGCGUCGUCGGAGAAUGUAACAUUCAAUACGCGUUAAAUCCUUUCUCUGAGGAAUUUUAUAUUAUCGAAGUCAACGCCAGACUAUCCAGAAGUUCAGCUCUUGCCAGCAAGGCUACUGGUUAUCCACUUGCGUACGUUGCUGCAAAGUUGGCGCUAGGUAUACCAUUACCUGAUAUCAAAAACUUAGUAACUGGCAAAACUACCGCUUGCUUCGAGCCUAGUCUGGAUUACUGUGUCGUCAAGAUUCCCAGAUGGGAUCUUAGCAAAUUCCAGAGAGUCAGCACAAAGAUUGGCAGUUCUAUGAAGAGCGUGGGAGAAGUCAUGGCGAUAGGUCGCUGCUUCGAGGAAGCUUUCCAGAAGGCUUUGAGAAUGGUAGACGAAAACGUCGUCGGUUUUUGCCCUUAUCUGAAAUCUGUCAACGAGGACGAGCUCGAGAAGCCUACGGACAAGCGAAUGUUCGUCUUGGCUGCUGCAAUUAAGGCCGGUUAUACCACCGAAAAAAUUUACCAGCUAACUAAGAUCGACCAAUGGUUUCUUGAAAAAAUGCGUAAUAUCAUCGUGUACCAGAACCGUUUAGAAGAUCUAGAGCAGACCAAGCUCACGUACGAGGUGUUACUAAGAGCCAAACAGCUUGGUUUCUCCGAUAAACAGAUUGCUAUGGCUGUGAAAAGUACCGAACUGGCUAUUCGCAAGCAAAGAAAGGAAAUGAGCAUUCUUCCAUUCGUAAAACAAAUAGACACUGUUGCUGCUGAAUGGCCUGCUAGCACAAAUUAUCUCUAUCUAACAUAUAAUGGGACGAGCCAUGAUUUGGGAUUCCCUGAGGGAUACGUCAUGGUCAUUGGUUCGGGCGUUUACCGUAUCGGUAGUUCAGUAGAGUUCGAUUGGUGCGCCGUUAGUUGUCUGCGCGAAUUACGCAACCUUGGCAAAAAGACAAUCAUGGUGAAUUACAAUCCGGAGACCGUGAGUACGGACUACGACAUGAGCGAUCGGCUGUACUUCGAGGAAAUCUCUUUCGAGGUGGUGAUGGACAUUUACGACCAAGAGGCACCUGAAGGCAUAAUCCUCUCAAUGGGCGGACAACUGCCAAACAAUAUAGCCAUGGACCUACAUCGACAGGAGGCCCGUAUCCUUGGCACCUCGCCCGAACAAAUCGACGGUGCAGAAAACCGGUUCGAGUUCUCGAGAAUGCUUGACAGAAUCGGAGUCCUACAGCCAAAAUGGAGAGAAUUGACGAAUUUGGAAGCAGCCGUUGAGUUCUGCCGAGACGUUGGCUACCCUUGUCUUGUACGUCCUUCUUACGUACUCAGUGGUGCAGCUAUGAACGUGGCCCACUCUGACAACGACCUACAAACUUACCUGAAGAGUGCCGCCAGUGUUAGUAAGAAACAUCCUGUAGUUAUCUCCAAGUUCAUACUUGAAGCUAAGGAGAUCGACGUUGACGCAGUUGCUUACCAUGGCAAUAUUCUUUGCAUGGCUGUGUCCGAGCACGUGGAGAACGCUGGUGUUCACUCGGGAGAUGCUACUCUUGUCACGCCACCGCAAGACAUUAAUCUGGAGACUCUAGAGAAGAUCAAAAUCAUAACGAGGCAGAUCGCUCAUAAUUUGGAGGUCACGGGACCGUUUAAUAUGCAACUCAUUGCAAAGAACAACGAAUUAAAAGUCAUCGAGUGUAACGUUCGAGUCUCAAGAUCAUUCCCGUUUGUUUCAAAAACUUUAAAUCAUGAUUUCGUUGCAAUGGCUACUAGAUUGAUUAUGGGAGAACCCGUUGAGCCCGUCGACGUCCUAGCAGGCUGCGGAAAAGUCGGAGUUAAAGUGCCUCAAUUCUCUUUUUCGAGAUUAACAGGUGCUGAAGUUAUGUUGGGAGUUGAAAUGGCGUCAACUGGUGAAGUAGCUUGUUUCGGUGACAACAGGUACGAAGCGUAUUUAAAGGGCAUGAUGAGCACUGGAUUCCACAUUCCAGAAAAAGGCAUUCUUCUAUCUAUUGGUACCUACAAGCAUAAAACAGAGUUGCUGCCGUCCAUCGCAAAUCUUCAUAGAAUGGGUUACAAGCUUUAUGCUAGUAUGGGAACAGCAGAUUUUUACUCGGAGCAUAAAAUUGACGUCGAACCGGUACAAUGGACCUUCGAGGACGUGGUGGACAACGAAGAUUCGAGCCCCAGCGAACUUCGUCAUCUGGCCGACUUCCUCUCGAAGAAGCACUUCGACCUCGUGAUUAACCUGCCGAUGCACAACGGCGGAGCUCGACGUGUCUCCAACUUCAUGACUCAUGGAUACAGGACCCGGAGACUCGCCGUCGACUACUCGGUGCCGCUCAUCACCGAUGUCAAGUGCGCUAAACUACUCGUCGACGCCAUGCUGUUGCUGGAUGGCAAAGCUCCGCGCAUGAAGACCCACACCGACUGCAUGACAUCUCGUCGCCUGUUACGUCUGCCUGGUUUUAUCGACGUCCACGUGCACGUGCGUGAUCCUGGCGCCACUUACAAGGAGGACUUCGCCUCGUGCACCGCCGCAGCUCUCGCCGGUGGUGUCACUACCAUCCUGGCAAUGCCGAACACCAAUCCGGCCAUCGUGGACAAAGAAGCCUUUUCCGUCGCCAAGGAGCGCGCGAAAGCUGGUGCCCGAUGCGAUUACGCCCUGUACGCGGGCGCCUCUUCUGAGAAUUGGUCUUCUAUCAAGGAAAUCGCUCCUCUCACCGCGGGACUCAAGAUGUACCUGAACGAAACCUUCACGACGCUGCGUCUCAACGAUCUUGGUGUCUGGACUAAGCAUUUCGAGAACUGGCCGCAUAAGUAUCCGAUUUGCGUGCACGCUGAGGGUCAGACUACUGCGGCUGUGCUGUUGAUGGCCAAUCUGCACAACAGACCGAUUCACGUGUGCCAUGUGGCGAGGAAAGAGGAGAUUCAGAUUAUUCGGGCAGCCAAGGAGAAGGGUUUGGCCGUAACGUGCGAAGUUUGUCCGCAUCAUCUAUUCCUAUGUCAAGACGACCUUGACAGAAUCGGUCAUGGCUGGGGCGAAGUUCGACCGGUACUGAGCACCAAGGAGGACGUACAGGCACUUUGGGAUAACAUGGAUAUUAUCGAUGUUUUCGCUACUGAUCACGCCCCUCACACUGUGGAAGAAAAGUCUCGGGCAUCGCCACCACCACCACCAGGUUUCCCGGGUCUGGAAACUGUUCUGCCUCUGCUCUUGAACGCGGUGCACGAAGGCAAACUCGAAAUGGAGGACAUCAUCGAGAAAUUCUACCGCAAUCCGAAAAAGAUCUUCAACAUUCCGGAUCAGCCCAACACUUAUGUCGAGGUCGAUUUAGAUGAAGAAUGGAUUGUUCCGAAAUCGAUGAACUUCAGUAAAUCCAAGUGGACGCCCUUCGCUGGUAUGAAAAUUCGCGGCUCGGUUCACCGAGUUGUCCUCCGCGGAGAGGUAGCCUACGUUGAAGGUCAAGUGCUGGUUAAUCCCGGUUUCGGCCAGGACUACAGAGAAGCUCAGAGAAAUAUUAAACUUGCGGUACCCGCUGUACAUCCACCUACUGCUGAAAUCACCAGUAGACCCAGCUCGGCGCUGGAUAAUUUGCUUUCGCCCAAGAAGUACUUGUACGAUAGGAACAUAGAUAACGACGAUGAGCCCAUUGAUGCUUACGGAAAUCUGAUCCAGCCUGCGCCCAAGUCAACGGUCCACUUUGCUCCAGACUAUAUGCCCCAGCAACGAGUUUCAUCGCCUUUGCCGUUUAGCAAUUCGACUCAUUACAAGAGUGACAGCAACCCUAAUUUGAUUGUCCAACCACACGUACCAACGACACUUCCACCUGUAAGCCAUGGGCUUACUGGACACCAUGUUCUUUCCGUCGAUAUGUUCCAGAAGGAACAAUUGAAGGAAAUCUUCGACAUUGCUCAUGACAUGCGAAAGAGCAUACUCGCUGACAGAUCAUUAGAUCAUAUUCUCAGGGGAAAAGUGAUGGCUUCGAUGUUCUACGAAGUAAGCACGAGGACAUCUUGCAGUUUUGACGCUGCGAUGCAACGAUUGGGUGGUAGAGUCAUUCACAUGGACGAAAACAAGUCAUCGGUUAAGAAAGGAGAAACCCUCGAAGAUUCCGUCGCAAUUAUGGCCGGCUACGCUGACGUAGUAGUGCUUAGACAUUCAGAGCGCGGCGCAGUCAAUAGAGCAGCUGUGCGCUGUCGCAAACCCUUGAUCAAUGCAGGUGAUGGUGUAGGUGAACAUCCUACUCAGGCAUUACUAGACGUGUUCACCAUCCGAGAGGAAAUGGGUACCGUGAGAGGUCUCACCGUCACAAUGGUCGGUGAUUUAAAGCACGGUAGAACCGUUCACUCUCUUGCAAGGUUGUUGGCAUUGUAUGAAAACGUACAAUUGCGCUACGUCAGUCCGCCCAACUUGGGUAUGCCGGAUGAGAUUGUGAAAUACGUGGCCAGUAAGGGAAUUCCCCAGGAGAAAGUCAGUAGGCUCGAGGAUGUUCUUGGAGAGACCGAUAUCCUCUAUAUGACCAGAAUUCAGCGAGAGCGAUUUGCCUCUCAAGAAGAAUACGACAAGGCAUCGGGACACUUUGUGGUGACGCCGCAGUUGAUGUGGCGCGCCAAGAAUAAAAUGCGCGUUAUGCACCCGCUACCGCGCGUCGAUGAGAUCAGUCCAGAGUUUGACAACGACCCGCGUGCGGCAUACUUCCGCCAAGCUGAGAACGGCGUCUACGUACGCAUGGCCCUCCUCGCCAUGGUUCUGGGCCGUUGCUAAUCCUGCUACUUCUUCCUUCUCCGUCCGUCGUACCCUCGGUCGUGCCUCUAGACACGUAAGCAGGCAAAAUUUGCGCACGUUCGCGCCUCGAUUCCCGCCAUUCCACAGGGGCUCACGUGCACGCAGCUUGAAAUUCGCCAUCGUCGCUGUCCUUGCAACAUGUAUACCGUCUUCGAGAGAGGACGCGAGGAUACGUGAUUGUUUUUCGGAUGCUUUCGGUAUGAGCUUGAUGCCUGCUCAAGCUCGUAUACGCGAUUAAAGGUAAUCGCGUAUACGCGAACGUGCGAUGGUCACGUAUAUUUUACGUGGAAGUGUGCGAUUGUUUGUGGAUGGCAUUUAUUUUGGGCCCGAUUUCGUUGAAUUGAUUUUUAUUCUUUUUUAAUUGAUCGAACAAAAGAGGAUGUGACGCUAUAUAGAAUCGUCGAGAAUUUUUCAUCGCGUAUUUUUCAAAGUCAAACUUUUUAAGGAAGUUUUUCGCUGCGUGCACGAAAGCAUGACCUUUUUAAUAUCAAGAAUCAAUUACUACUAUAUCUUAAGCAUAAUAGACGUUUUUACACUCAAAGACUUUAUACUGGUUUUUUAAAGAUUUACUGAUGAACGGAGGCAUUUGUUACGUUGACAGCCCUCGGUGUAUAUUGGGCAUUUUCCCAAUUAUGCGUAUUGACAUCAGCGAUGCUGAUUGUAAUGAACAUAUGAAAAUAGAAAUGACUAGCUACAGCAUGAUGCUUUAGAGUACUCAGACUAUACAAUGUUUACGGUUACCUGGAUUGGGUCAGUUUUACGCGCUUACUAUCUCAAUGUUCAAAUCAAAAUGAUUCGACACAAGAGCAAGUAUUUAAAAAAUGCGUCUUUUUAAAUGCAUCGCGUAUUCAACAAUUCGUUAUCAAUUUUUAUUAGAUAAACUAGUGAGAAUGUCUAACGAAGCUAUUCGUAGAAUUUUUUUAAGAUUUGUUAAAAACCCAUGGUAAAUGUGAUUUUUUUAAUUACUUUAUAUAAUAAUGAUUGAAUACUAUAAAUAAAUAGGCAGAAUGCAUCUGUU